AAUUGUUUACUUUUGUGUCUGUGUGUCAACUUUCGUCGCGCUCAUUUCCCAGAGUGCUUUUCACCCAACAACAAAAACAGCAACAGCUUUGUGGAAAUUCAAAAUACUAAUCGACACGCUCUCUAACAAGGCAUCGCCGCACCAUUUAAGGCACAACAUUUGGGCAGCUCGACGUGCAACAAAAGCAGCAGCCGUCGGCCAUGCAUCGUUCACUGAAGCCGCACUCGCAAACGGCACAAGCUAAAAAGGUACAGCCGCCCACAAUUCCUGGCGAUCAGGCACCGCCUUCGCCGAGCCACCACUUGCCGCAAGCAUCGCUACACACAUCGCACUAUCAGCAGCCGUUGAUACCGCUCUACAGAUUGAGCGGACCUUUGCGGCACCAUCAACAGCAACUGCAACAGCAGCAGCAGCAGCAGCAACUGGACGAUGGCAUUUGCAGCAUGAGCGGCAGCAGCAUUGUCUCAUCGCCCUCACUGGAGGAGGGCGGUUUCAAUUUGCCACGCGAGACGAGCGUGGCAUUACGGAUUAAGGAUGAGGCCAAUAGUAGUGGCAGCAGUGUGAUUGGCGCCACAGCGGCAGGCGUCGGCGGCGGCGUUGCAGGAACGCCAGGAGCGCACAAGGCAACGACAGGACAGGCGCCAUUACCUAGUAUUGUGCCAUGUCCGCCGCCAGUUUUCUGUGCCACGCUACGCGAACCACUCACCCAUAAGGCGGCUGUCUACUAUCAUCAGCAGCUGGCGCUGCAGGAAGAUCAGGGCAUAGAUCUAACACAGUCGCCGGGACGCGAUUCGCCAGGCUCUUCAUCAGGCUCCGCUGGCUCCGGUUCGCGGCAUUCCACCGCCAGCCUAGAUUCAGGUCGCGCUUCAUCAUAUCUAACGGGUGUUUCCUCUUCGGGUGCCUCCAUCAGAGCGCCGCUCUCUUCACCCCGCUGCAGUUCCGUCAGCUCGUGCUCCAUUGGCAGCGUGGAUAGACAGCGCAACGAUGAACUGAUCAUUGAUUGGCUCAUGGAAAUGAAGCAUGAGGAGUACGCCCAAUUGUUCAUUGCGGCUGGAUACGAUUUGCCAACUAUAGCGCGCAUGACGCCCGAGGAUCUCACAGCCAUAGGCAUCAAGAAUCCGCAUCAUCGGGAGCGCAUCAAGCAGCGCAUCGAUAAGUUGCAAGUGCUCGACAAUUUGCCGCAUUUUGUGCCGGGUUCCAUUGAGGAGUGGCUGCAGCUGUUGAGACUCGAGGAGUACAUCCAACCGCUGCUGGAGCAGAACUACAAGACGGUGCGUGACGUAACCCAAGUUACUUGGGAGGAUCUCGAAGACAUUGGCAUUGUGAAGCUGGGCCAUCAAAAGAAAAUACUGCUGGCCAUCAAACGAGUGAAGGAUAUCAUAAGCGGCAAGUGGAAUCCGGGCGGUGCUAAUGCCUACCAACAGCAGGAAUAUCAACGCAAGCCGUGGCAAUUCAAUGUGCCUGUGCCGAGCACGCCAUCAUAUGUGCCAACGACACGUGUCUCCUGGGAUGACACGAAAAUCUAUGCCACCAGUAAUGGAGGCAACUGCAACAACAACAACAACAACAGCCACAGCCACAACGGGCACCUGAGCAAUGGUAAUGGGGAUGCCUACUAUUGUACGGGCAGCAAUCAUGAGUGCUGUGCCGGCAACGAUGUGGUGCUCAUUAAGGUGCGUCAACCACGUGGCAAGAGCCUCGAAUCGCUCGAGGACAUACACGACAACAGCACGCGCAGCCAUCUGACCUUUAGUCAUUACACGACCACAGACUAUGGCCACUUCGGGCCACCGGCCACGGCAGCAGCAGCUGCUAUGGCAGCGGCCACGUUGCAACAACAGCAACAGCAGCAACAUCAUCUCUUGCAGCAACAGCAGCAGCAGGCGGCGGCAGCUCGACUGCUGGGCAGCAAUGCGGCCGCUGCUGCAAUGGCUUGGCGGCGUUCCUAUGAUGAUGGCGACAUCACACCCACCAAUGAGGCCACUCGCGAGCUGCUCUACGAGGAGGGGGGCGGCACUUUGCCACGGCAACAACGUGGCAUACUGCAGAGAGCCGUGUUGAACACAAUGCCCCCCUUGGAGCAUCACCACUACAUGAAUGCGGCGGCAGCGGCCGAAUAUGUGACAGCAGGAGCAGGAGGAGCAGACGGCACAGCCGCCUAUCUAAGUGGCAGUCCUCUGACGGGCAAGAAGAUAGCACCGGAGCCACCGCGUCGUCAUUGCAGCAUACGCAACUCCCGCACGUUGAGCGGCGAUGGAGGCGCCGUUGCCACACAGCAGCAGCAACAACAACAGCAGCAGCAGCAGCAGCAGCAAUCAGUGGCAGGAUCCUCGAAUGCACAGGCAACACACAUGUUUUACGGCCACACCACCCAGCAUUGGCAGCAGCAACCACAGGGAGCUGGCCAGCAGCAGCAACAGCAGCAGCCCAUUUAUGCCAACUAUGCGACCAUACAGCAGACAACGGCGGAAAUACACUGCGAGAAGUAUCAUGACAAUAAGUCGAAUUCCAGUAUCGAUAGCAUAGACACGAUACCGUUUGCCAAUGAGAACACUGGGACGAUCAAGCAGCGUCUGCUCAACCGUCAGGAGCUGUCGGGCACCGGAUCGCCCGGUGGCGGCAGCAACGCUCAUCAUAUGCCCAACAGCAGCACCCAUCUGCAUUCCUCCAGCUCCAGUUCCAGCUCGUCCUCGACGAACACCAUCGCCAACAUAGCGCACUCAUUUCAUUCGCUGAAAUCUUCCAGUUCGCUGCACGAUGCGACGCUGGCGCGGAGCGAUAGCAUGGGCAGCACGGCCAGCGGGGGCAGUGCGCUGCACUUGCGGUCGCCCACCUUGGAGGCGGCCGGUGUCGAGAUCGGUACCGCUGUUGUGGGCACACCAGAGGCGCCCGUUGCUGCUGCGACUGCAGCAACAUCGACGGCUGUGCCGCCCAAGGUGUCGGUUAAUGUGCUCAACGAUAUUGGGAAUAUGCUGGCCAAUCUCACCGACGAACUGGAUGCCAUGCUCGAGGAGGAGAAGCGUGUGGGCCUCAACAUAGAUAGUGAGUAGGAGGGAUCUGAGCGAUUCCGUUCCGUAUGUCCCACCAACAACAACAGCAACAACAACAAAAACCAGCAAGUUUCCUUACGAUUAACAGCAAUCCUGCAAAGCUUCGAGCUCCCAACAAACAAAACAAAAAAACACAAGAUUAUCAACAACAUCAACAACAACAACAAUGUAGUGUAGCUGAAUUUUUUGGUAGUAUUGUAAGUUGUUAGUUGCUGCUGCCUGCUACCCCCUUUGGUUUACACUUCAUUUCUGAUUUGUUUACCAUAAUUGUAUUCUAUUUUGGUACCUACUUUAAUUUUUUAAAUUGUUAGUUUUACAUAAUUGUAUAUGUAUUGAUUACGCAUUUGAGAAUGUUUUGUACGUUAGCCCUGCAUAUUAGUUUUAAAGCAUAUCCUGCUAAUGUGGCUGCAGGCCCAGCAUAAUUUAAAGUAAGCGUUAUGUAACUGAUCUGAAUACUUUGCCAAUUGCAUGCUUAAUUACUACAGAGAGCUAUAAAAUCGCACACUAGAUUUGUGUUUCUUCCACAAUUCAACAAAUAUUUCAUUUAAACCGAAAGCGCACGAAGCAUUUUUCUUCCGAAUUCCAAAAACUAAUUAUCCUUUGGUUUUUUUGUAAUCUACAGUCAGGUUCAUUUCAUUAAUUUCAGAAUCAUAUCAGCCAGAAAGUUCUUAUGGAAAUUUUUAAAUAAACAUGACUGUCUGCACAUUCAACGAACAGAGCAGCAGAGGUUUUGGAAAUCGGAACAGACUUGCUUUAUUUUUAUUCAGUUUUUAAAAAAUCAAAGUAUAAGUAUUGUUGCAUACAAUUAUUUUGCAUUGCACUCGGCCUCAUGCACAUUUUAGCUCGGUCCUUCGUUUCCAUGCAUUGUGUAAAAAAUAAAACUUAAAAAAAUAAAUAAAAACUACAACAGAAAAGCUUUCGAAAAUGUAUACUUUUGUACUUUCCCUAUGAAUGUUAACAAAUAAAACCGAAAACAAAAUGAAUAACCAAGAAUUAUGGACAAAAAUAUAUAUGUAUGUGCAAACUUUGCAUAGUUAAAAAUAUAUAGCAUAAAUAUAUAUAUAUAUAUGUAUAUAUAUAUAUAUAUUUAAAUAUAAAUAAACAUUUAAACGAAACGAAAAAUGCAAUUCAUAUAGCAAGUAUUCGGUGGUAUAACUUAGCCACAAGGCACACACACAGAACACAGAAACGCAAAUGUAACAACAACGGCAACAAAAUAUACUACUUAGCCAAUUUUCUACAAAGAAGAGGAACUAUAACUGCAUUUAAAAUACUAUAAUUUCUUCUGUUUUUAUAUUUUUGAUCACAAAUAUGUUUUACAGCAGAAAUACUUGAUUUGUUGCAAUCUUGAAAUCAAACUACGCGCAAUUUUUGAGCAUAAUUUUAAUUCCAUAAUAUAAACAAGGAUUGGGAACUACUGACACUUGUGUUUUGAUAUAUUUUAAAUAUAUACGAAAAUACAAUAUGCAGACAAGAGCAAGAAAAUCUAUAUACUAUAAAUGAAUGUAUAAUUAAGUGUUAUUCCAUACAAACUAAAGCGCAUCAUACUUAUAAUGAAAUGAAAUUUACAUUAGAUCUACAUACGAUUACAUACAUAUGUUAGGCCGUAAAUGGAAAGAGAAAUCAUUAUAAACAUAAAUAAUACAUAUGUAUAGUAUAUGUAUAAUAUAUAUACGGGCAUCUAUGCUAAAUAAACGUGUAGAAUUUCGUGGUACAUAAUUGAAUUUGAAUUGCCUUUCUUUAUAAUUACAAGUAUAUUAUUUACUUAAAUACAAAUAUAUAGUGAAUGGACAUUACCUGUGAAUGGGAGUAGUACGUGCACACAGAACGCCUUUGUACGCAAUUGUUUUGUGUCGUAUUGUUUUAGUUAAGCAUACAUAUUAUUUUAUAAAACCAAACAAAACAGAACAGAACUAGCGCAACAAUAUUUUGUAUGUGGUCGGCGCACAUUGUCAUUAGUAAUUGAAAUUGGAAUAUCCAUAUGAAAAGCAAACAAAUCAAGAAAAUGUAUAGCACAUAUUGGGCAAAAUAAUGAGAAGAACAAAUAAAGUGAACAUUUCAUAGUAAA